AGGAGGAACGACGAGCUCCCGCCCCCGCCAGCACCGCCCGCCGCAGGACGGCAACGCCCCCGCCCCGUUUCCCGGCACCGGCCCUCGCUCGGAACGAGGUCCCCGGAAGCGCCCGGCUGGGCUGUGCAGCUGAUGGAGAAAGGUUCCGGGGCAGGUUUUGUUCCGGGGGCUCCUCCGCCCGCACUGCCAUGAUCCCGGUCCCGGCGGUGGUGUGCGUGCUGGGCGGCUGGUGCGCCGUCUACCUGGCGGACACGCUGCUCAAGUCAUCCAACUCUCUGAAGGCAUCUUAUGAAGACUGGCUGCUGUCAUAUGGCUUGAGUGUCUCUCCUUUUCACAUGCGAUGGCAAACAGCUCUCUUCAACCGCCAGUUCUACAGCUGGGGGAGAUGGAAGCCCAGAUUUCUCUAUUUAUGGUUCAGCAUAGGAAUGGUGUUUGGUAUAGUUGCCAUGUUUGGCUCUGUUAUUCUUCUCGGAAAGACACUGAUGCAAACACUGACACAGAUGCUUACUGAGGCACCGAAAGCCCAGAAUGAUCGUAUGCUGCAAGUUGUGGUGCCUGGUGUAAAUUUGCCAGUCAGCCAGCUGACCUAUUUCUUCUCUGCAAUCCUCAUCAGUGGUGUGAUACAUGAAGUCGGCCAUGGGGUGGCAGCUAUUCGAGAACAAGUACGAUUUAAUGGAUUUGGGAUUUUUAUCUUCAUUGUCUAUCCUGGAGCUUUUGUAGACCUCUUCACAACCCACUUACAACUGAUAUCUCCAGUCCAGCAAUUAAGGAUAUUUUGUGCAGGAGUGUGGCAUAAUUUUGUUCUUAGUGUUGCAAGCUUCAUGGUUUUGUUUCUGCUACCAGCUAUUCUUUUCCCUUUCUAUUACACGGGUGUUGGGGCACUUGUCACUGAGGUUGCAGAGGAUUCUCCUGCCAAUGGGCCACGAGGUCUUUUUGUAGGAGACCUUGUCACUAACCUACAAGAUUGCCCCGUUUAUAGUGUGGAAGACUGGAAUUCCUGUCUGGGAGACAUUUCAGAGAAGUCACAGGUCGGCUACUGUGUAAGUGCAGCCACCCUACAGCAGUUAAGCUUUCCAGCUAGAGUCUAUAGAAGACUUGAUGGCACGGUUGAAUGUUGUAGUAACAACAGCCUGACAGACAUUUGCUUCUCCUAUAGCAAUAACUUGGACAGCCACUCGUAUGCCUGUCUGCCAGCACGAAAAGUUAUUGAGGCCAGCAAAAUUUGUCGAAGCAACAUGGACUGCCAGAAGGACUUUGUUCCAAGCUUUUGUGUGACUCCUUCUUUAGAGAACCAAACAAGGCUAAUAAGGGUGAAACAUCCACCCCAUAUUGACAUGUUGUAUGUAGGACACCCCAUGCAUCUUCAGUACACAGUAAGUCUCAGCAGUUUUGUACCACGACAAAACUUCCUAAGCAUUGAUCUCCCUGUGGUGAUAGAGACAUUUUGCAAAUACCUGAUUUCAUUGUCAGGAGCACUGGCAGUUAUCAAUGCCGUACCCUGCUUCGCUUUGGAUGGACAGUGGAUAUUAAAUUCAUUCCUGGAAGCCACUCUGAGCUCCCUGAUUGUAGAAAAACAAAACAGAGAGCUUGUUGGCUUUUUAAUUUUGCUUGCUGGUAGUGCACUUUUGGCUGCCAAUGUUGCACUGGGACUUUGGAUGGUGACAGCACGAUAGAACAUUGGAUACUCUUCCAUCAACUCUCAAAGUACACAGAAAUAAUGAAUCCAUUGCCUUUUAAAAUUGUUCAGUACUGAGAUUGAAAAAAAUUCCCCUAAAAUGACAUGGAAAGAACAAUCACGGUUGACUGCUGUUUUAACUUAAAUCUGUACAACGUUAUGCCUGUGAUCAUGGGAAAAGUAAUAGAAGUGGGAACCUUUUAUAUACUCUUUAAGCACUGUACUAAUUUUGGAGAAAUUACAUGUGAAGUUUCACAUGAAAGACUUCAUUAAUUUAGAUCUCAAAGUAAGGGAGUUAUUUGGCCUCAAACAUUUGUAAAGUGGGAGGAAAGAAACCACACAGGUUUUAUUUUAUAAUUUGAACAAUUGUCAGAAAAUCUCUGCGGGGUCUGAUCAUGUCUCAGUCAGCAUAGUCUUCAGCAUCAUGUUCUGUUUUUUUAAUCUGGAGUUCUACCAGACUGGAGUCUAAGAAGCCCUAAAGUCUGAUCUCAAAAUGGUGAAAAGCUAAGUAAAUUAUUACCAUCUGUUGAUGAGGAGGGAGAGGCCAUAUGGGUUAGUAACUUUGCUUUUCAGGUGGCCAAAAUGGCUGGAAGCAUGUUGUCCUCAGGAUGUAGAUGAGAGGUGCCAGCGUCUGUUAAGACUGCGGCAUGUGGGAGGAUAACCAAGCCCACAUGUCUGUGCUUCUUACAUACUCGGUUGUAUAUUGUCAUACCCAGCUGAAAACUUUUUUGAAGGCAUUAUUUGUCAGCAAUAGCUACAAGAUAACUGAAAUUUAGUUUCUGAGUGCUGAAGUGUGCUGUGCACAAUUGUUCCUAAGUGGUAAGUGAUGUUUGUGUAUUUUUACUCAGAAAAUAAUACUGUAUUAUACCUGUUGACAGUUAAAAGUGAAACCUGUUGUUUAUGGUGUCUGUCUUAUGAUGCUAUGCAUGUAAUGUGGUUUUGUGUCUUUCAAAGGGUUGUUUUCCUUUGACAGGAUUCAUUUCGUUCACAGAUAGCUAACAAAGAUGUUUAGCUGAAGCUGGUCUUGGAUCAGAAUUAUUUAGAGGAGGAAUAUGAUUCUGAAUUGAGCUAUUCAAACAAUUGGCUUUACUUUCUGAAAUGAAUAUGGACCAUAUCCUUGCUCUUAAACAAGCAGGGGAAGAACAAUCAGUGUUGUGCUGACUGAAGGAUGUCUGACAUACUUUGAAGCUCUGUAAUAGUUUGUACUUGAUAAGAUUACAUAAUAAUAUAUCCUCCUGUUAUAUAUUGCCUAUUUUAUAUAAAUCAGGUUCAUUCAGCUGCUUGCCUCAGAUCUUUUAAAAAAACUGGUCUAGUUCAGGAGCCUAUGUAUUUGAAAUAGGGACAUUUUUUAAAAUGCCUUGCAGCUUCUGACUUGUACAGUGUUCCCCACAGGAGCUGCUGCAGCUCAGGGGUCCUUUACAGAAACGGUCUUUCCAUCAGCAAGUGAAGGAGGAGCUAAGCUCCCGGAUACUGGCCCGCAGGCAGUACUGAAGCAUUUGUGGCCAGCUAACAGAUUCUCUUGGCAUGAGAGAUAAAAGCCUGGGUAAUUUUAAAAAUGGGGUUGAGCCCAAUUCCUGGUGCUACUGCAUGGAUUCAUAGAAUCACAGAAUCAUUUUGGCUGGAAAAGACCUGUAAGAUCAUCAAGGCCAACUGUUAACCCAGCACAGCCAACUCCACCACUUUUUAACUACAUUUGCAUUUGGCAACUGAUGUGUUACUGUAUUUUUGUAUAAUAGCCUUCACACUGAAUUAAGAUGCAUUCUUACAAUGAUGCAAGCCAUAAUGAGAGGGCAUGUUUGUUGAUUUGUUGUUGUGUUUGUUUACUUACCUCUCCAGUGCUGUCACAGGCUGGGUGGGCCUCAUGAAGUUCACCUCUGUGGGGCGGCAGGCGUGUGCCUCUCAUUUUCAAUCAUUUCAGCCCAGGCAUGUCAGCACAGGUAUCAGUAAGAGAGAGUAUAUCCUCCACUCAACUCCAGCAGGAAUUGCUCCCUCUGGGUACUGUUAAAAGUCACACCAAAGGCAAGAAAGGAAAAACAAACUAUAAGAAACUGCCAGCAGGAUUCUUUUUCUUCUGAGGACACCCUGAAUGUCUAAUUCCUCAUUAGUCCCGGAAACGUAUAGACACUUCAGGGUAGGAGUUCUAAUGGGACACUCUCCCAUCCUUCAGUGGACGAGAGGGGUAGGAGCAGCCUGGUUCUUGGCCCAACCUGGAUCUGAAGCUAUGAUCCAGAAGCCUGCUCACUUGCCUAAGUGGCUGUUUACUAAUCUGAGCUCUUCCUUUCAGUGGCUCUCUGCCACUUUCCUCUGUCCAAGCUACAGUGCACAAAGUUAAUCUGCACUUAGGAGUUUUAAUGCAGUUCAGUAAAACGGGAAGGUUGUGUUUCAAAAUAGCUACUCUGUUUAUCAGAGUUGCAGUGCUGACUUGCAUCUAUGGUGAUUUCAAAAAUACUCUGAAAAACAUUUCAAAUUUGAUACUUUAUAUAUUCAUUUUGACUACAGCUGCUUGGGACAAUCUUUUAGCAUAGUACCCCUCCUGGAAAUGCAGGUGAGAGAUUUAAAAAAAACAAGGUUUCUGAAUUAGCAUACACAAGUUUUUUUGCUGUACUGAGGCUGGCAGAUUGUUCUUGGUUAUUUAUUGCACCGACAAAACAUAAUGUUUUGUCAAAGGAAACUAAAUAAAAUUUAUUUUACUGUACACAAUCACUGAAAGCCACAGUUACACUAAGGACAACUUCAGUCUCUGUUUGACCUCAUAAUCAAAAAGAGGGUUAAAAAUGUUUUUUUGAAAACAGACACAUUAGUACACCAUAAAUAACCUGGUUAUCUUUUAUGGGAGAGAGACUGCUAGAAUGGUUUAAAAAUAAUUCAUGGGUCUGUUUCCCAUGUGCUGGAAUUCUGCUGAAUAAGGGUCAAUUUAGGUGUGUAGAUAUGUAUUUGAAUUAAUACUUUAAGCAAACUGGAUGUGAAUGGUGACCCAGCACAUCUCAGAUUACCUGUGAACAAAGGUAAUAGUUAAGUUGGACCACUCUCUGAAGAAAAAGUUGUUCAGUGUAUCCAUUUAAUUCUCAUAUAAUCCUAACAUAUGGAUUACAUUCCAGUAAGCAAGUGCCAUUCAUAUAGUUAGUGGGAGGGGGUUUGCUAGGUUUUUUUUGUUCAGCAGAGAGAACACAGAAGGACACCUUUUUUGUGUGUUGGAUUUUUAUUCUGGAGUAUUUGCAAUGUUUCUUCUAUUUCUGUUUUUGUAAAAACUGAAAGGAAGCCUUUCCUUAAAAUGAGAUCUUCUUCUGAGUAGUCCCUCAGAAUCUAACAUAUUCUUUAAUACAGAAUCCAUCAAUAUAGUUAUAUGGCAUAUUGAUUGGAGUAUAAAACAGAACACUCUUAAAGAUUGGAUGGAUACUACCAUUUAUGUAUAUACUAUGCAUUUUACAUCUGUAUCAGAUGGAAAAAGUAAUUUCUAAAAUUGGGAAGUGUUAUACAUAGGAAUUUAUUUGAAAAUUACCAGAAGAAUUCCAUAAUUAUAACCAGCCAUUGUUCUAAUUUUUUAAGUUACAUUUUCUUUUCUGUCAGCAAAAACUUCCAUAGCAUAUUCUGAUAACAAUGCAUGAUAUGACAUGAAGAUGAAUAACUUCUUAGCAUACGGAAAGUUACACAUUCUUGGGUAACUUAGGAAAUGAAAACCAGCUUGUUUCUGUGUAAGUUAAAAUGAAAGAGACUUCACUAGAAAAAGGAGACAAAUUUGCAGAUUAGUUAGCCCAAAUUUAUAAGCCACAAUGGAAAAUCUAUUAAUUCAUCUUUUUUUUAUUUGGAAUUAAACAAGCAACUGUAUUGACAGGUAUAUUUUUCAGUGAUAAUUAUUCUAGGUUUGUGUAUAUGCAUGUGUACACAUGUAUACAUACAUAGAAUAGAUACACACACUGACACAGUCAAUAUUGCUGCUUUUGAAGGGGUAACUUACAGCAGUCCUCCAUACUCUGCAAUGUCAUCUUUUUUCAGGUUUUCUUCCUAUGAGUUCCAUUUUCUCCCAUAAUUAAUCUAAAUUCUUUAUUAACAGAAGUGAUGGACAUAAUGUAACCGCAGCUGCAUGAGUUUUCUUCAGCUAAUGUUUAAAAUAUGCUUCUUGCUUUCUGUGAAGCCUUAGCUACAAGCAUGGUAAACAAAGAUUUUCAGGGCAACUAAAAUAGGUUAACCUUAGAAUCCAUGACUCUCAUAAGUGCUGCUAUUUGUGCUGUUCUGGAUGAUCACUUGGAUGAGUGACACUGUGUAGUGUAUACUGAAGAAAUAAUGUGUUCAGGACAGGCUUUCCCAUGGCAGUCAGGAUGUUUCAGCUUUCUUGAAACAAAGAUAUCUUUUUGUUCAGUUUAGAACAUCAACAAUCCAAGUUUCCUAAUAGUUUCCUAUACAUUUUACACAAUGGCAAAGAGUGACCUGUUGCAAGUAAGUUUUUAAAAUUAAUUAUUUUUAAAUUACUUAUGUGUGUCUUCUGUCUGAAAGAUCUGAAUUUGUAUCUGCAUAUCAUUUAUGACACAUGAAGAUAGGUUAUAAAGAUUUAUGUAGCCUAGGCUGUAUUUAAUUAUUUUUAAAAGAUGUAAGUUAAACUCUUGAAAUAACUAGUUAUUUUUAAAACAUGCAUUCAGACCAGUUCCUGCAAUCAGUCUUGCCUCAGCUUUGUCCUUGUGAAUAAGGAAGCUGAAUCUAACUCAGGUAAGAUCCAAUGUUAGCAGUUAUUUUAUACCCUUUUUAUCCUCAACUUCAUGUGAUGCUAUAUAUAGGUUAGUUAUUUAAUGUGGCAGAGUUAUCUGCUGACAUAUCCUGUAUUAAUGCAGCAUUUGGGAAGCAUUGUACUAGGGACUGCCAGAAAAAGGCAGCUCUGUGACUCUUUCUUGUUCCUUGGACUCAUCCACUACAAUCAUGUGAAGAGCAGAUGGCUGCAACUAAGGGCAGUGAAGAACCUCAGUUUAUGGCAGCUUUAUGAAACCUUUACAUUGCUGACCCACUGUGAAAGGACAGGAACAAAGAGCAGGAUAUGACACUGCAAUUCCAUUCAUUCCAUUUACAUUGACAUGAAACGUGAAAAGGACUUGUAAUUAACAUUUCAGAGCACAAAGAUAUGUUUUCCAGCCCUUCACUGAAUCAUUCAGUGACUGGUGAUCAAGCUUUUUUUUGUUGUUUUUCUUUUUAUAUUUUGUCAUUCCAUGUGCUGAAUAAGCAGUAUGGGCAGUCUUAGGUUACAUGGUAAAAUGGACAUGGAUAUUUCUCACCUGUAGAUGUUCAUCUCUGGGGGUUGGUUUUUGCAGCAUCAAAGUGUAAUUGGCCUUCACUUGAUACUAAUCUUAAGAUUCCGAGACUGUUUCCAAGCAUUACUAGAGAAAUCUAGUUUCUUCCUUCACAAGUUGUUUGUCAAUAUUUUAAAUUCCUCUUUGCAUUACAUAACUUUGCUUUUAGAUUUCGUUCUUAUCUGAAGCCUGUCAAUGGAAUAUGUAUUGUUUUGAAAUUCGCUGUGGGUUUUUGUCCUCUAUAUAGCCUUUUUUAUCACACUGACUCACAGAUGUGGAACGUUAGAUUUCUAGACCCUUUGUUCCCACUAUGUAUUGUUCAUGAUCAUGGGGUGGUUGCUUUUUUUUAAAAAAAAAAACAAAACAAAAAACAAACAAAGCAAAAAAAAAGCUUCAUUUUGAAAAUGUCAGCUAACAAAUAUAUGGAACACUUUGAAUAAUGUAUUGUGUUUUUGUUUUGCCUUUUUCUCUAUUUAAUCAACCAAACAAUAAGUAUUGUUUUCUAAGUAUGAUAAAUGUAUCCUGGAAAUAAAUUCAUUGUUUGAUUGUUAAUGUGCUUAAAGCUGUUUGCUUUUAUUUAAAUAAGGGAAGAGUGACAUAAUCCCUUAUUUGUGGCAACUACUAUAUUCUCUCAUAUAUUCUCGUAGUAUUUAUAUGCUGUUUAUAUUCAGUAAUAUCACUUUACUUACCCUUAUUUACCAGCUUAUCAGAGUAAUAGUUUGAGUUAUAACAGAAGUACAUGCAGACAGAAACCCACAUAUUCCAGAGUAAAGCAAUCCUCAUUUUAAUAUGGCCAAGGUACAUAGUGACUGCUUUAUAGGAGCAAAUGUCUUUGUCUUGGCUUAGUUCCUGUGUAAUUCUUUUCUUACAGACUUCUGUUAGCUUGGUUUGUAGUGAAAUACUUGACAAAGGAUUCCAUAGUCAAGGGAAGUGAAACCACCAUUUUGGGUGUUAAGGUCAGUCCGAUGUGAAGAACUUAAAAAGUCUGAUCUUCGAAUGACGUUAAGGUGAUGUUAUGUAUCACAACCUUUGAUUUAUGUACACAGGCCAGCCCAGAGCUGGGCACGUAGCCUGGCUGGUUCUGAACAAGUUUACUUAAGUAUCCAGAUGCUAUCUGGGGCUGUGUUAGCAUGGUGAAAUCAGGUUGUUUAGCUUUAUUUGAGAAUGAAGCUUACUGCUCUGUUUCUUGAGCAAGCUCAACUAGAGUUAGCCAGGUUAUUUGUACUGAGAACUAAAUUGUCCUUUGUUGCUUUUUGGACAAGCUGUUACUUUAUACAAGCAGCAGAGCUGUUUCAGCAAGCAUGGCUUUGUUCCCAGAUAAAAGAUUACCAUGAGAAAUAGGCACAAAGCACAGAAUGGACACAUUGGUAGGAUUUCCCAGAUAGAUCGCUGUGCAGUUUUCUGAAUACUUGCAUGAUGAGAUGGCCUUUUGUUUUUGGAUUGUUUUUUUCUUUCUUUCGCUUUUUUUACCCAUAUUAAAGGUAGACACAAUAGCUUUGUUUCGUGUUUGUUUGUUUGUUUGUUUGUUGGUGGUUUUGGUUUUGUUUGUUUGUUUUCCUGAAGAAUUUAAGCAUCUAGGAGGGUCCUAAGGUUUUUUGCUUGAUUUUGAAAAUGUAAGCCUGUAUUCUGAUUAUGUGUGUUCUGUACUUCAGAAUAAAAUCAGUCAUGUCUUAA